AUGAAUAUCUUUGUUUCUUUCGACAUGCCCAAACCCGAUUCUUUCGACAUGGCUGAUGCCGAUUCAAAUCCAUUUUCUCAAAAUCCGGGCUUCGACAUGGCUCAGUUGACUGGUCCCCUCAGCCAUCUUCAAAAAGAUAUUGCGAUUUUUCUCGCAGUUGAAUUUGCUUACCUUUUCAUCAUUUUCGCCAUUUUCUUCAUCUCGGCGGUUUCAGUAAUUUUAGUAUCAUCCUUUUCCUACAGAGCUGAGAACUUGUCGAUAAAGGAUCUAUUCAGUCUAAUGCGCAAAACAUGGUUGAGGGCUCUUAUUACAACAUUUUACGUCUCCGCCCUUUGGGUCGGUUUCGUUUUCACCAUUUCUAUAUUGGUUGCUCCUUUAGUUUUCUAUCGUAAUAAUUGGACCUUGUUGGUAACCGUGUUAGUCUGGAUUAUGGCUUCAGCUCUCUGUCUAUACGUGUCAGUCACUUGGGCUCUAGCCAUUGUGGUUUCAGUUGUUGAAGAAAGCGUUUACGGGCUAAGGGCACUCGGAAAAGCUGCUGGGAUAGUUGGGGGAAAGAAGUUACACGGAUUCGUGAUCAAUGUUUGUUAUAAUCUUGUAAUCUUUAUUGUGUAUCGAGUUUACAAGUUGGUGUUAGAAAAGCAGUCGAUGGCGUGUGGGUUGUUGUUGGUGAGUUUCAUUGUUCUGAUGAAGAUGUUGGUAGGUGUUGCAUAUACGGUUCUGUAUUUCGAGUGUAGAGAGCAGCAUCAUGGUGAAGAUGUUAUUGAGUACAGUAAAGUGCAGAAUGUGGAGUUGGUUAAUGAUAUGGCUUGA